AUGCCUCUAGAAGAGCAUUCGCUAACGAAUCAGGCUGAAUUGGCUCCGCCCCAGCCCAUGGAAAGCACGGCACGUCAGGUAAGACGAAAUGGGGGUUUUUGUGGAAAGUCGUGAAUCUCCUAAUUUCUCUUUCCAAUUUACACCAUGUUUUGGGAGAGUUAGGAAUGGGAUUUAGGGUUGAUCUGAUUUUGCAAAGGAACUUGAUCAUGCAACGAUGGUGGUAGUUGAUCACCGAAAAACUGAUUUUUAGAUUACUUUUUUCGCCGGGGAAAUUAAACGCUGUAGUAAAUAAGACAUUUUUUGUAGUAAAAGAGGCUAUGGCUCACUUUUUGUGGGCAUAUAAACACUGUAAAGUAUUCCGUAUUUUACCCUGCUUUUUCCAAACUGUUUUUUGUUCAUUACCCUCUCACAUCAGGAAAAAAACGUUUUUGGUAAUAUCACGGCAUAUUUUUCGCGAAAAAAACGACUUUCUUCUUCUAUUUGACGAUCAAAAUUCUAAUCUUUUCCUCCGAACCUUGAAAAAUGUUGAAUUCCUGAAAUUUUUAGACCAAAAGCUCGGGAUUGUUUCUGAAGAGUGAACAUAAAAAAAAUCUGUUAUCUUAAAAAAUUUUGUGUUUAAUUUGUUUCAUAAAAAUCUUUGGCAUUUAAACAGAUAAAAACGCUUCAUGUACCGUAUUUUACCAAUAAAAUAAUUUUUUUUCAAAAAAUUCCGUUUCCCAAAACUUUCUGACCGUACCAACCCUCCCUCCCUGCCGUGGUCAUAGUUUCAAGAGCGCCAAAACACUUUGCAGUGAGGUGUUGUAAAAUACAAACAGUCGUCGGUUUUCGUCCGUCUUGUCCGCUGAGGCGGCACAAAUUUGUUUAGGGAACUGUUGAAACUCCCGUCGACACUCCGCUUUCCCUUUGUUACCUGAGGGCGUGCAGAGCGUCUCGACCGGAUUAAUUGUUUUGAAAUUGUAAACGGGUUGUAAUCGCUGUCUAGUUUUAUAUAGUUUUGUUUUGCAGUAUUUUAAUUACAAAAACAAAUUUUUAUUUUCGAAAAUAAAAUUUAUUACGUUUUUUUAAUUUGAAAAGAGACGGUGUUUUCGAAUUUUGAUGACAUUUUUACUACAUACUUCUAUAGACUAUUCAAAAUUUGAAAAAAUUGAGCUCUGCACCAUGCAAAAUUUUCGAUAUUUUUUUUAUUUUGCCUUCCACAAUUUUUUGUAACCAAAAUUUUCAAAGCUCUUCCUAAAAAUUCAAAAUCGUAUUUUAGGGCCAGCUCCGCUCGGAUCUAGCAAAUCCGGAGGCCUCGUACCGUCGUCGCGUCCAAAAGCGCUGCGACGGAAUUUUGAUGCAAUUUUGGGAACCCGAACCCCUCGGCAGAGAUACCUUCGAAGAGCACGUUGUUCGGGAUUCGAGUGACUCAUUCGAUGACAUGGAUCGAAAAGUCUCUGCCUUUGGCAGAAUUAAACGGAGUAUUCGGCAGCAGGCCCACGCCCUUAUGGUGAAGGACGAUCUGGAUGUGCUGGAUGAGAAGACCAAUCAAUUGAUGUCUCCGAAAGGACUACGGUGAGGAUUUUUUGAUCUGUUUUACUCUAAAUGCCUUAGGGAGGAUAUCGGAGGGAAUGAUACUUGAAUUGGAAAAUUCCGAUAUUUUUAGUUUUCAGUCUCUAAAUCAAUAUUGUGGAAAUGAAAAAUCACAAUACGGGUAAAAAAUGUCCCCAGAAAUCUUUUUGAUCACUGAUUUUUUCACAGAAGACUUUUAAAAAUUUUUGGCGGGAAAUUUGAAAUUCCAAGAUCUUUACUGUCUAAAACAUCUUAAAAACUGAAUCAAAACCUAGUGCACGGCCUAGCUUAUCCUCAAAUACAAAAAUUUCAGACGAAAAAAGUUUGGACCCAAAGAAUUUAACGAUGAAAAAGUGGCCGGUCAGCUGGAGGAAGGCUCGAUUAUUUUCAAUGGAGAGGAAGUUGAUGAGCACAAGGAUCGGCUCAAGUCCAGGCUAAACCUGAGGAGUCAGGCGAUGGGGACUCUGAGUGAGCGACUUCGGGACAAAUGGCAGAGCAUGAGCGAUGUUCGGGGUAGGUUUUGCAAUUUUCCCCAAAAUUAUUCAUUAAUUUUAAUUAAUGGAUAAUGCUAAGGCUAAUUUAUGAAUUUCAAGUGUCAUCUCAACAAUAAACUCUUAUUUUCCUUUCGUAUUUUAGAGAUUGAGUUUGUCUGGCCGCCGAAUACCCCGCUAGAAGUCCGAGAAUUGGUUGGUCCCGAGCACUUUGACGCCUCCUCCCCCAAAUACAUGAUGCCAUUUUGGUGGCGAAGUGACGCUGUUCCCGCGACCAGGUCAUGGUAAGAAUGUUUGGCAGUUUUGUAAUGCAUUUACACUUUAUAAUCGGAAUUUUUGAAAGGAAUUUCUGAGAAUUUUUUUACAAAUUUUGGUGUUUUUUAAAAUCGUUUGGAAAUUAGGUCGAUUUUUCGUAAUCAGAAAAGGAGAUGAUCGGAAAUUGAAAUUGGAACGAUUGGGAGCUCCUGGGAGUGAAUAUCGUUCUUCAAAAAAAAAAACAAGAGAAUUUCGAAAUAUACUGCUCCACAAAAUGAUAGACGCACCCUUUUUUUACCGAUUAUCUUCCUUAUACUAAAUGAUAUCCAAAAAUGUUCAACAGAUGAAAUGUGGCUAAUUAACCGAGAAAUCAUGUCCCAUACCGAUUUUGGAACAAAAUUUUGUCUUGACUGAAAUUUUGAAAUUUUUUGAUUUUUAGGCUCCACAAAAUGAUAGACGCACUUGAAUAAUUUUUGAUUUUUUAAAACAAAUUUUGAGUCAAGCUGCUCUUGUCGCACUUCCCCGUGUUCUCUGUAGUGUUAAGAAGGCUAUUACAUUCAUAUCCGCCGUACUUAAUCGACGCAAUGGCCUCAUGGGCCAUCUGCGACCUUGUACAUGAGGUAAACAUUAGUUUUGAAAAAACCCCCCGAUUAACGAUUUAUUUUCGCCAAGAAACAUCUUAGAUUACUUGUAGUAAUUACAAGUUGUAAAUUAAAUCAACACCGAUUCGUUUGAAUUCAUUUAAUCGAUCAAUAAGUUACCGUAUACCUUCUACAGUAACCUUCAAAGGCCCUAAAAGCACAUAAAAUUACUAUCCAUGGCAACUUUUUGCUUAGAAAAUCAAACUCAGCAUGCUAAAAAACCUAUAAUUGCAACUUAUUGCUUGCUUAAAGGUGCUAUCUGCCGCAGGUAGUUAGUUCAAAGAUAAAUGCGUAAAAGUAAGCCUAUUUUGGCCUACUUUUGUGAACUUUUUUGUAGAACGAACUUUACAGACCCGAUUUAUUUUGUAACGGCUGAUGAUUGAAGCAUUAUGUUUUCAGGCAUGCUGAGUUCGAAUUUGCAUAUCAAAUUUUAUGAUUCUCGUAUAUUCGUCUUGGUAUUUCGGGGUCUAGAGUAUUACGGUAGCUACUUGUUGAAGAUGAUAUGCCAAGAAAAUACGCGAGAUCUUUGAGCAAGCUGAUUUUUUUUGCAUUAAUGAAAUCCACCCGCAUAAUGUAAUAGCAUUAGCUAGUUUCUCGCUCACGAAAACAUCCCAACCGGCAUUUUUUUAAAAACUAAUGCUUACCUCAUGUACAAGGUCGCAGAUGGCCCAUGAGGCCAUUGCGUUGAUUAAGUACGGCGGAUAUGAAUGUAAUAGCCUUCUUAACACUACAGAGAACACGGGGAAGUGCGACAAGAGCAGCUUGACUCAAAAUUUGUUUUAAAAAAUCAAAAAUUAUUCAAGUGCGUCUAUCAUUUUGUGGAGCAUAAAAAUCAAAAAAUUUCAAAAUUUCAGUCAAGACAAAAUUUUGUUCCAAAAUCGGUAUGGGACAUGAUUUCUCGGUUAAUUAGCCACAUUUCAUCUGUUGAACAUUUUUCGAUAUCAUUUAGUAUAAGGAAGAUAAUCGGUAAAAAAAGGGUGCGUCUAUCAUUUUGUGGAGCAGUAUAUUUUGGAAUUCAAAAAACUUUUUUGAAAGUCAAAUAGUCAAAUAGAAGGGUGUCGGAAUCGAAAAAUAAAAUACAGUAAUCACUGAGGUGGAUCGCAAAAUUGUAGCUCUCAACUUGCAAGAGCAGUCGAGAUUUGCAGCUGAAAGAAACCACGGAAAAAUCCAAAUUUGGUGCCUGGUUUCAUCAAAAUAUAAGAAUAAUUUUUUGCAAAUUUUCAAAAUCUAAAAAUUAAACAAAACUUGUUUUAAUUUGCAUUUUUAGGGCCCUGAUCGUGUGCGGGAUCGAGUGUUUGUUCGGUCUGUUCUGCCUGCUCCUCAAUCUCAUCCAUUUCGCUCUCUUUUUGCCGGACAAUGAGGAAGAAUCCUUUGUUCCGUCGUUGAUUUUGUUCAUUACCCUCUCACAAAUUGCAAUAUUCUUCUGUUUUAAGGUGAGUUAUACAACUGAGAAUUGCUAGUAAUCAAUUUCAUAUCCUAAUUCUGGAAAAAAGAUGAUUUUUUACGAAAAAGUAUUAAAAAAUUACUUUUAUAAAUAUAUUUUUCUUACAUUUUUACAAUUGUAACUUUAAGGUGUUAUUUGUAAUUUCGGUGGUCCGCCGUAACGCCCGUUUGCUUCGAAUUCAACUACUUUUCCAAUACAUUACUUGCGUAUUUUUACUUGUAAAUUCGGCCUUCACUUUGGCCGCGGACUUUGGUGGAUUUGAUGAAGAAAAAGUUUACGCUCAAAGGAAUCCGCCGUUGAUUCGACUGGUCGCUUUUGGCUCUUUGGCAUUUUUAUUCGCUCAGUUGUAUUUGAGGAUGAUGACAGUUCCCGUUUUCAACUUUUUGAAUGACAAUCGGAAGUUCAAGUAAGGAAAAGAAAAUCUUAAAAAAUAAAAAAAAAAUUAGGUUGGCCCUAUACAAUUCCCGAUGGAGAUACCGAAAGCGAGUGUACUUUACGUACUGUUCGUUGAUGCACGAAGCUGCAAUGAGAGAAAAGGUGAGGUGUACAACUGCUUGAUCAAAAAAAGACAUGUCUUUUCAGCGCCUUGAACGUGCCCAAAACCGUCUCCUAAACAUGGAAGGAAUGUCGUUGGCGUCAAAAAGUACAAAGACUUCGAGUGUAAAGUCCAUUACCGAAAGCAACAACCUUGCGGUGGGUCAAAGAAUGAUUCAAACAUUUUUCGGUUUACAGUUUUAUCAGUAAUGUGUUACGAUUUCAGUUCAACCGGCAAUUUUUGGCAUGCACCCCACCGCUGCAUAGCCAAUCCUCCGAGAAUGAGUAAGCUUGUGAAGAAAGUAGUCUCUUAAUACCAACUUUUAACACUCCUCAUUUAUUCAUAUUACACUUAUCCCCACGUCAAUCCAAAAUAGAAGAAAAAAUUUCCCGCCCCUUUUUGGUGAUUCGUUCAAGACGAAAUGCCACAAUCCGAUAAAAACCAUUUUCUUGUCUUUCUUCUUUCUUUUCGAGACAAAGCAAUUAAAAGACGAUUUUUGGCUCGCUGCGUCAGCCCGUAAUGGACCCGGGACAUAGGAAAAAAUCGAUUUUGAGUUUUUUGCAUAAAAAUGACCGUCGACAUGUGCUAAGGAAAAGCGAACUACAGUUUUUCUCAAUUCUGCCCGGAAGGCAUAAAUUUGCUUAAAUUUGUCUUUUUUGGAAUUUUCGACCUGGUGACGUCAUAGAAAGAGCAAAUCACCCAAAAUUUUGCUUGUGUACGUUUUCGACCAUUGGGAAUUCAUUUUUUUGAAAAUUAAUUCUCUCAGAUUACUGUAACAUAGGCAUAUUGUAAUCCGGUCGAUAAAAAUCGACCGUAACUCCUUCGUAUCAAAAAUCCCACAGGAUUUUAUUUCAGAUUCGGAAUCAGCAUAAAAUUCUGCAUAUUAUACACAUAAUGUGAGGUCAUAACUCCAGGGGGGAGAUCGCGUAGUAUAUUGGAUUUUGGCAAAAAUUACGUUUGAAAGGUCGCGGGUUCGAUCCCCGCUUGGUGCAAAUAUUGAAAACACGGCGGAAAUCGCGUUGAAUGGACAGCUAAGGGUCUUGUGACAUACACUAAGCAAUUUUCAACACUAAUGCAUAUCGAAUUGCGAUUAAAACUGAUUUUAUAUAAUUUUUGGAGACUGAAUAUGCAAAAAAUGAAACUGCUUCAAACCGCUUGAAAUUCACAACACUUAUUCUAGGGUCAAUUGUAAGAAACUUUUCCGUUAACUUUUUUUUGUAGAUUACCGUACCAUGGAUUACUGUAGCGUUAAACGUGUCCUGAUUAACAGCAAUUUUCUUAAAAAUUCUUGCAUAAAAUAUUAAAUCGUUUUAAUUAGUGGCUUUAGACAGCGAAAAGAUCCACUUUCUAUAUAUGAAAGAAUAUUCGCUCUUCAUUGCAACGCGUCUUGAUGUCAUAAUAAAUUGGUGAAAGUGCGUCAAUUAACUCGGCCGUUCCAAACGGUACAGCCAUAAAAAUUUUUUUGUGCACAAGAAAACUCUUUCUUAACCAUCCUGAGCACAAUGACGACAAUCCGACUUCUAUGCGCCAUGUGGUACACGAAAAACCAAAUCAGGUUUAAUGUUACAGUAAUCCAUGUUACGGUGAUCUACCAAAAAAAGUUAACGGAAAAGUUUCUUACAAUUAACCCUAGAAUAAGUGUUGUCAAUUUCAAGCGGUUUGAAGCAGUUUCAUUUUUUGCAUAUUCAGUCUCCAAAAAUUAUAUAAAAUCAGUUUUAAUCGCAAUUCGAUAUGCAUUAGUGUUUGAAAUUGCUUAGUGUAUGUCACAAGACCCUUAGCUGUCCAUUCAACGCGAUUUCCGCCGUGUUUUCAAUAUUUGCACCAAGCGGGGAUCGAACCCGCGACCUUUCAAACGUAAUUUUUGCCAAAAUCCAAUAUACUACGCGAUCUCCCCCCUGGAGUUAUGACCUCACAUUAUGUGUAUAAUAUGCAGAAUUUUAUGCUGAUUCCGAAUCUGAAAUAAAAUCCUGUGGGAUUUUUGAUACGAAGGAGUUACGGUCGAUUUUUAUCGACCGGAUUACAAUAUGCCUAUGUUACAGUAAUCUGAGAGAAUUAAUUUUCAAAAAAAUGAAUUCCCAAUGGUCGAAAACGUAUACAAGCAAAAUUUUGGGUGAUUUGCUCUUUCUAUGACGUCACCAGGUCGAAAAUUCCAAAAAAGACAAAUUUAAGCAAAUUUAUGCCUUCCGGGCAGAAUUGAGAAAAACUGUAGUUCGCUUUUCCUUAGCACAUGUCGAUGGUCAUUUUUAUGCAAAAAACUCAAAAUCGAUUUUUUCCUAUGUCCACCGCUGACGCAGCGAGCCAAAAAUCGUCUUUUAAUUCGGGUGGAAAUGAGCUGGAUUGAUGUGAUCCCCUCGUUUCAGAUCCUCCAAUGACCGCAGUAGUGUCCACAAUUCCUCGACACCGAAACGUCGUCCCUCCCAUCGUAGUAUCUACACUCACAGCUACGCGAAGCCGAGUCCAACUCUCAAGAAGAAGCCCGUGAAAAAAGUUGGCCCCGCUAAUUAUAAACUGAAGCCGACCAAUGGGGAUUCGAUCGGAAUUCAACUGGAAUUGGAUCGGAAAGACUUGGAGAAACUGCUGGGAGGGCAUUUGACCAAUAACAAUCAUCUACCAAACGGUCACCACCAUCAUCGGACUAGUCCGGAGAUCAAACGAAAGAGCGGGCUGACUCAUGGCGACGAUUUUUUGGUUCAAGAAGUGGACGAGAUGGCCGAUGAGAGGGAAGGAAUAACCGAAAAUUCCAGUCUAUUGGCUAAAGAGAGGAAGAAUGGAGCUGAAAAAGAUAUUCUGGCUUGUGAACUGGUCCGAGAUGGAAAAACGGCUGGCCAAGAGACUUUAGACGAAAAUAUGGAGGGACAGGAAGGCAACAGUCAUGAUCUGACUGGUCGACGAGGAAACAAUCAAAAUCAAGAGCUGAUCCAAGAGAACGGCCCAGUCCAGCAAAAUUUUGAGCCAGUACGCUUUCGAAAGCCGACCAAACUCACAACAAGUCCAAAUUCUUUGAGUCCAGCCCAAUACGAAGCCAAUUCUGGAGCCACAGUCCAACCCCGUAGCCAUGUGAACGGAAUACCAAACUCCAAAUCCGAUGACAAAUUUGGGCACGGAUUUGUGAAUCGGUUGGCUCAAGUCAACCAUGGUUAUCAGCCCAAUUAUCAGCAAGAACUGCAAGCAAAAUCAGCACAAGGAACUAGACCGUAUGACGACAGAUUCACGUAUCAGACAAGUCCAACAAAUCGGGUGGAUCAGAGCGAUCGAAACUUUUUGGAUCACCAUGCAUAUCGACAGGAUAAGCCAAUGCAUUUUAAGGACUCAGACCGCUCCAGAAGCCGGCUACACCAGCCAUUGGGAGUGAAAUUGGGAGAAACUUUCGACGGUAGAAGUAUUAAUAAUUUCAAUCAAGAUUACAAUACCAAUGGAAAGUCCACUCCGACUGGGCAGAGGUUCGGAUCAGCCCGGCAUAUUUCCCCUCCGGGCAGGCAUAUGCCAGGGGUCAGUUUCCAAUAUCAGCCGCGCCAAACCCUGCCCAACUUCCAGCCCGGCUCGCCUGGUUCUGUCUUGCGAUUUUAUCACGAUGAAUCGUAUAAUUACGUGAGCGGAGACGACUAA